UAACAUAUGUGCGUUGUACUGAUUGCUAGCAUUUAUCGAAGAGACUCAACAGUUGGUAACAAAAAUUGUUAAGACAUAAAUUUGCCGUUGAAAGUUUAAUAUAUUUCGAGAUCGGAAACUACGUACUUUUUAGUGUAAAGAUUAGCCACGUAUGAAACAGGAAGUAUUAUCAAAGUCGCCUUUAUAUUAUUGAGGACAUAUCACCGCUCGUCGAAUCAUUAAGAAUUAAUCACAAAUAAGAACUGUGACUCAAGGCUAAAGUGCAUGAACCACUAUUGACAAAAAGUUCCUUUGUGCAUAAAUAAAAUCGACUGACGUCAACAAUUCAGAGGCAUUAACCCAGGUCACUCCUGCUAGACGCAAGUGCCGCGCAAACAAGGAGAAAUAAAGCUGACUUUGAAAAUACUUGACAAGAUGAGUGAUACAGAAUCAACUACGAAUCGAAUCGUCAUGAAUAAGAGAUCAACGCACAAAAACUCAACACAUCUUUGGGAGUUUUUGUUAGAAUUACUGACCGACGAAGCCUGUUCGUCUUUGAUCAGCUGGACAAAGGAGGAAGAGUACGAGUUUAAGCUUAAAGAUACGGAGGAAAUCGCAAAGCGCUGGGGAAGCAGAAAACAUAGACCCAGAAUGAACUAUGAGAAAUUAAGCAGAGCUCUACGGUAUUAUUACCAAAAAAACAUCAUUAAAAAGGUAAGUGGACAGCGUUUGGUGUACAAGUUCGUUAAUCUACCGUUUGAUCAUCGUAACAAGAGGUCGAAACAAAACAAGGUUGAAUCUCGUGUGGAGACAAGUAAAACAACAGAGUCGAAGUUAUCGUCAGAUGAAAACACAACAACUGUACAUAGUGGACGGAGGCCAUCCGUUAUAAAACUAUCCGGGAAGAUUUCUCCACCUAGGGAUCAUUCUCCGAUACAAGAUAAAACCGACGAUGAAAGUCGACCAUCAAUAAAGGAAGAACCCGUAGAUGUGGUGCGCCUAAGUCCACCGGUCAGCAGUAGUAAUAGUUCGCUACAAACAAUAAGUCGCCCAGCCUAUCAUACAGUCCCAACUGAUUUAAAUGCGCAAACAGCUUUAGCACAUAAACUAUAUAGUUACUAUCAUUAUCCUACAAUGGCUUAUUACGCCAGCAGGGGUAUGCCUUUAGAUCUGUAUCGUUAUCAUCCCUAUGCUAUGAUGCAUUCGCCAUGUUGUAAUCAAAUGAACAUUCGGCCACAUUCGGUAAUAAUUCGGCCAACCGAACAGUAUCCGAUAUCGUCGUCUAUGUCACCGCCGCCUUUAAUCAAAACCGAGUGUGACGUCAUCAAAGAGACGUCAUAGCCAACAUUUACUGGUGAAAUGUUGUACCUUAACGACGAACUUUGUUCUGUAAUACUACUGUUUGGUAAAAAGUAAUUUAACUAAUUUAUUUAUAAUGAAAUAUCAAUUCGUUAUAUUUUACCCAUCAUUCAUAUAAAUGUAAAAAGAAAGACCACUCUUGCUGAACAAUGAAACGUUGUUAAACUAUUUUCUUUGAGAAUUUUUCAAUUCUUCAAAAAUGUUGUAAUUACAAUGCGUUUAGUGUUUGUAAAACAAUUUUUUUACAAUUUUAUAAA